AUGGAUGAAAUGGCUCAUUUUGAUCGUGAACGCAUCCCUGAGAGGGUGGUCCAUGCUAAAGGAGGAGGAGCCCACGGCAUGUUCGAAGUAACUCAUGAUAUCACAAAGUACUGCAAAGCUGACAUCUUCAGCAAGAUAGGCAAACAAACACCGUGUUUCGCUCGCUUUUCCACAGUUGGUGGAGAGUCGGGAUCAGCAGAUACGGCUCGUGAUCCACGUGGUUUUGCUGUGAAAUUCUACACUGAAGAAGGAAAUUGGGAUCUGGUUGGCAACAACACACCGAUUUUCUUCAUUCGUGAUCCAAUGCAAUUCCCGAACUUCAUCCACACUCAAAAGAGAAAUCCUCAGACUCAUCUGAAGGACCCAGAUAUGAUGUGGGACUUCUGGGGACUUCGACCUGAGUCUACCCACCAGGUGAUGUUCUUGAUGUCGGAUCGAGGAACUCCCGACGGUUUCCGCUUUAUGAACGGCUAUGGCUCUCAUACCUUUAAGCUUGUCAAUGCCAAGGGAGAACCAGUGUACUGUAAAUUCCANGGAAAUUGGGAUCUGGUUGGCAACAACACACCGAUUUUCUUCAUUCGUGAUCCAAUGCAAUUCCCGAACUUCAUACACACUCAAAAGAGAAAUCCUCAGACUCAUCUGAAGGAUCCAGAUAUGAUGUGGGACUUCUGGGGACUUCGACCUGAGUCCACCCACCAGGUGAUGUUCUUGAUGUCGGAUCGAGGAACUCCCGACGGUUUCCGCUUUAUGAACGGCUAUGGCUCUCAUACCUUUAAGCUUGUCAAUGCCAAGGGAGAACCAGUGUACUGUAAAUUCCACUUCAAGGCACAAAAGAUCAAGAACCUCUCUGCAGAAGAUGCCGCUCGGCUUUCGGGCGAAGACCCUGAUUACUCAAUUCGCGAUCUCUACAAUGCAAUCGAGAGGGGAGACUUCCCACAAUGGAAACUCCACAUCCAGGUGAUGACCUUCGAGCAAGCAGAGAGAUGGCGAUUGAACCCAUUCGACGUCACCAAAGUUUGGCCACAUUCCGAAUUUCCACUGAUACCUGUUGGAACAAUGACACUCAACAGAAAUCCCAAGAACUAUUUUGCUGAGGUAGAGCAAGCUGCUUUCUCUCCCGCUCAUGUAGUUCCUGGAAUCGAAUUCUCCCCAGACAAGAUGCUCCAAGGUCGACUGUUUUCCUACACAGAUACACACUUCCACCGUCUAGGACCGAAUUACAACCAGCUGCCGAUCAACUGUCCUUUCCGGGCUCGAGCUCACAACACUCAACGAGAUGGCGCCGCUUGUUACGAUAAUCAAGGUAAUGCUCCAAAUUACUUCCCGAACAGUUUCAAUGGUGGAGUAGAAUGUCCGAGGUCAGCAGAAAGCAGAUGGAGUACGACAGGAGACAAUAUCUUCUCAACAAUGAAAGAUUGCAAGCAGUUCAUACAAGAUCGAGCGAUUCAGAACUUUGUAAAGGUGAGGAAUUCCUAUUCGGCCCUAAAAACAGGGAACCACGGAUUGCAGAAAAGCUAG